ACUACGUUGGCGCUUUCACCAUCUCCCACUCAACCAAGGUCCCCGGUGUUCUUGGGGACAUUAUCUGCGAGCUCACUGGACUGAUACCACUCUUAGCCAGUCUACACCUCUGUACGGUCAUCGUCUCAACUUUCGAUCUCAGGCGCGUACCAACCGCGCAGCUGCUGGUUCGCCCACCAUGUUCAUGCUCAAGUCGCUGUUUGGCAAGAUAUGGGGAGACGCCAACAAUGCUGAGCUGAUGCAGCUGCCCUCGGGCUCGCUCUACCUCGUGCGACCGGGUAGCAUCAAGGGCUCGCGGGAGUGCAUCUACAAGGAUGCUGUUGCGACCAUUCGGCGUACGACAACAGAGCACAACUACCAGCUUGUCAUCACGCGUGCCUACGAAGAGGGCGAGGAGCAGCUGCUGGAGGAGGAUGAAGAGAACGACGACGAGCGCAGCUUCCUCAUCGAUGAAGCGCUCGAGUUCAGGGCCUCCACCACUACCGCAGAGCAGGGGCAGAUCAGUGAUGCGCAUUCUACCAAGGAUGCAGACGCAGAGAGUGCUGCGCCGACAUUUGUCUGGAGGGAUGUUGGCAACGGCUCUCAUGGGGACGAGGAUGACCUCCUGGAGUUCGUCAUCGACAGCACACAGGUCAAUGCUGUCACGCGCAGCAUCUUCGAAGUUACAUUUUUGCAAUGCAUCUUUGAGAGAAAAUAUGGUCGAAGUCACGAAGAGGCUACGGAUGAGGACCUGGAAAAGCUCAAGUACAAGCCACCCGCACCUGCACGCGCGUACCCAGAUCUCCCGCAGGAGCUCAGCAACGCCCCCGUUAUAGACGAAAAGAAGGAAACACAGACACCAACAGCACCAACUGGAGCCGCUGCGAUUGUGUCCGCAGCAGCAACAGCAGAGAAGGGAAAUGGCAAAGGCAAGGCAAAGGCCAGGUCCAAGCCUCAGGUGCCUGCUGAGCCCAGCAAGGAUGCCAUGCCGCCAAGUUUUCCUGGCGAAUCUGCGGAGACGGUCUCCCUGUCCGCUGUCGCGGAUCUGUACCUCUACGACGAAGCCACUGGGCUGUUCAUGAACCAGCAGAAGAAUGCACAGGCGAAGGUUAUCCAUGCUGGCCAGUUCCUCUACUGGCUCACAGUCUCCGGGCCCGAGCGGCACUGGCUGUCGCAACGAGUAGGCGCCGAGAUGAAUAUCAACUUUGCGCUCGACAAUCUCUCCGCCGUCUGGAAUUACUUCACCGAGGGACCUUCGCGUGACUGCUACUCAUGGCUCUUGCGCUUCUAUAAACGCGAAGACUACGAGUCCUUCCAGUCUGGCUUCAGCCGCUGCCUGUGGGAGACGCUGAACGAGGAGAGCUGGGGGAAGAUGAAGGAGAAUGAGAAAAAGUACCUCCUGCAGGCCUACGAGGAAGAUGUCGAGAUGACGCCUGUCGAGCAAGAGGAAGAAGAGGCGGCAGAGAAGGAGAGGCGGGCCGAUCGGCUGGUUCAUGCGCAAGACGACGACGAUGAGGCGGAUUCGUCGCGCGUCGAGGCCACACUAGAGGGCGUACCGGAGGGAGAUGAGGAAGACGAAUAUUACGACGACGAGGUGGAGAAGCAGCUUGGAGACGCACCCGAAGGCAUGCCGGAUGAUGGCAGCGUACGCGAUCUGAACAGCCAGCUUGCCGUCGGCUACAAAAACGAUCGGACCUUCGUUGUGCGUGGCAAUCGCAUCGGUGUGUUUAGGCACACAGAUGACGACAAGCUCGAAUUUGCAACAACUAUCAACAAAGUCUGCACGCCCAAGGGCAAGACUUUCAAUCCAAAGAAGGUCAUGCUGCACAACGAGGACACAGCGAUGGUCAUGAUGGAUCCUUCGAACCAGCACUCGCUCUUCAAGAUGGACCUCGAGUAUGGCAAGAUCGUUGAAGAGUGGAACGUGCAUGAGGACGUCGGGGUGUCCAACGUCCUUCCUUCGAGCAAAUACGCGCAGAUGUCCGCAGAGCAGACGCUCAUCGGCACAAGCCACAACAGCGUCUACCGUAUUGAUCCGCGCCUGAGCGGCCAGAAGCUCGUUGACAGCCAAUUCAAGCAGUACACCAUCAAAGCUGAGUUUAGCGCCGCGGCUACGGACAAGCAAGGGCGUCUCGCUGUCGCGAGCAAGAAAGGUGACAUUCGGCUGUUUGAUAAGAUUGGCAAGAAUGCCAAGACGGCUCUGCCGGCAUUGGGCGAUCCGAUCCUCGGAGUUGACGUCACUUCCGACGGCCGAUACGUCUUGGCGACUUGUAAGACGUACCUGCUCCUAAUCGAUACGCUCAUCGGAGAUGGCAAGAACAAGGGCAGCCUCGGCUUCGACCGCUCUUUCCCUGCCGAGUCGAAGCCGAUCCCGCGGCGGCUGCAGCUCAAGCCGCACCACGUGGCGUACAUGGACGAAGAGGUCACCUUUACCCCCGCUCGCUUUGACGUUGGCGAGGAUAACGAGACGAGCAUCGUAACUUCCUCUGGGCCGUUCGUCGUCAACUGGUCCUUCGAGGCAGUCAAGAAGGGCAAGCUAGGAGAGUACCAAAUCCGCAGGUACGCGGACCGCGUUGUGCAGGACGAGUACGGGUACAAUUCGCGCAACAUUAUCGUUGCGUUGCCGCACGAUGUCACCACGGCCAAGCGCAGCAACCUCAAGAAGCCGACGAGGGCGUCGCUCUCCACAACCCCGAGGGGUUCCAAGUCGUGAGUCAC